GUACGUCGCCAUUUCACCAUCUCAAAACUCAUCACUUCUCUAAUCAACAAAAUUUGGCAGUUAACUGCCAUCCCGGUGGCCGUAAUUGUUUGAGGGAAUCGGACGGUGAUUCACACGGAGGAGCUUGAUCAAGAUGAGCUGCAACGGAUGCAGAGUACUUCGGAAGGGCUGCAGCGAGACUUGCGUACUCAGGACCUCCCUGCAGUGGAUCGAGUCUCCGGAGGCCCAAGGCAACGCCACCUUGUUUCUUGCCAAAUUCUUCGGCCGGAGUGACCUACUCUCCUUCAUCUCUUCCGUGCCGGAAUCUCAACGACCCGCUUUGUGCCAGUCGUUAUUAUUUGAAGCGUGCGGGCGUACGGUGAAUCCGGUGAACGGAGCGGUGGGGUUGUUAUCGAGCGGGAAUUGGCACGUGUGUCAGGCGGCGGUGGAUACGGUACUCGCUGGCGGCUCUUUACGGCCGAUCGCUGGGAUUCUGGCUGGAGUGUGGACGCCGAGUAGCGACGAAUCCUCGGACAGAUUCCGUGCGGACCCAUACACGUUACAGACCCUGUACCCGCAGGCGAAGCCGCUGAUCAUGUUUAAGGAGAAUCAAGCGGCAGCAACGCCUUUUGAUCUGAGCCUGUCCUUGACCCCCAAAUCAGGAGGAGGGAGACGCGGCAGAGUGAGGAAUUACGAAGCAGAGAGUUGGAGAGGAAGCGCUGCGUCGCUUUUCUCUGAGGAAUCCAGGUUGACCACCGUACGAAGCGCCGAAAACGACAGACAGCAGGAGAGGAAGGUUUUGAAUCUGUUUGUGUAAGAGAGAGUACUGAGAGUUUUUAAAACUUUUAGUUUUAGUAAAGUGUUUUUGAUGCGCCGGCCAUGUACUGAAUAACAGUGAGAAAAAUAGUAGUAGAAGUAAAGUAAGUAAUAAUAACAGAACAUUUUU